UAAGUUCAUUUGAGACUGCGUUUGGCAAUGCAACCUCAUAAUAGAAAGGCAAUAAUCUUACACUCUCCAGGCUGCCAGAUAUGUAUAUGUCUAUAUAGGAUCAUAGGAUAGAGUAUCAACACAAAUUCUUCAUUGAAAUAUGUAGUACUUAAUACUAGUACUUAAUACUAUGAUUGUCGAUCAUGAAUAGGCAAGUAAAGAUUGGGCUCAAAACAUUCUCCCUCUUGUUCUGUUGAAGAAUCUUGUUCCUUUUUUGUUGCUCGUUGGGGAAAGUGAUGGGGAAAUUCUGCCGUGGAACUUUGGUUUUAAGGCGUGGAUAGGAAAGCCCAUUUCACCUCUCAGUGAAUAAGUUUCCACCUGCACCAGGAGUAUAUAUAUAGCUCUGGUGAGGAGUAGGACCUCACACAGCCACUGCAUCUCUCUGUCUGAAGACAAGACAGCAGCUCAUCACAUCACUAACCACAGCACCACAGAAGAAGAGAUGGCCCAGAUCAGAGCCCCUGUUAUUGUGCUGCUCGUGCUCCUGGCUGUGGGGCUGUUCACUACUGAGGCUUCUGCAGCUAAACAAGGACGUCGUAGAAGAGGCUGCUGUCAAAGCUAUACUGGUGGGGAAAUACCUUUUGGAGUUAUCGUAGGCUAUACCCUACAGAAUGAUAUUGAAAUCUGCAGAAUCCCUGCCAUCAUAUUCCACACUAAAAAGGGGAAAGAUUUGUGUGCAGACCCUUCCCAGAGCUCGGUGAUCCAACAUGUCAACCGACUGGGGGACAAGGCGGUUCACAUCAGGAAAUCACAGUCCUAAUCCGAUGAUGGGUUCUGGAUACAGAUCAGCAGAACAUGUGUAUUUAACAGUCAGGAACUGAACAUGUUAAUAACCAGUGUACAUCUCCCAUCCUGUUUCAUCUGCUAUCCAUGUACCUAUAUCUUCUUAGUCCUAUAUUUUCUGGGCUGAUUUUAUAUAAAUAGAUUUUGUAAAUAAUUUAUUUUAGUUAUAAUAUAACACUUUUUUUAAAUGAGCAAUAAGGUUACGAUCUCGUUGUAAGACUAUCAGGAAACUACAUGUUGAAACUUUUUUUUGUCACUGUUACAAUUUAUAUCCAUAAUAAAUGUAUUAUAUUUUACUAUAACCUGUUUGUAUAUGAAAUAGGCUUUGUGAUUGCAGAGUUUAAUGGUUUGAUCUCGUUUUAUGGGCAUCAGAAAUUGCACACGUUGUAGCACUUUUAUUCAUAAAAGUCUUGUAUAUGAUCAUAUCAUUGAUCACAUCUGCUGCUUUUAA